AUUGAUUAUAUUCCUGUGUAUCGACUGCAAUUUUCAGCCUUUGUGAAACUUACUAAUAUCCCGCAUUUUAUGAAAAUUGUUUCCUUGAAAUUCAUAUACAAAAUCUAUUACUUAAAAAAUUGUAUUUUAUUAAUCUUUAAAUUUGUCUAUUUCUAUUAUAUAUGAAAUAUUUAUUCAAUAAUUUAUAAUUUUUAUAAUUUUUUUUUUUUUUUGGUAAAUGCCGAAAUUUGCUGUUAAAGAAUGGGCUGAAAUUAUUUCAGGACCUAUUUCUAUGAGAGAACAAGAUCAACAGGUUUUUGAGCAUGCUGACUUGCCUGCAGUGAAGGAUAAGCUUUCAGUAACAUUACGACUAAAAAUUCACAAUCAUGGUUCUAGUUGGGCUGCAAUUUUUCAUAAAG